AUGCCGGACGGUCUGUCAAGGCGGACAGGCAAACAACGCCGUCUCUUUAACCUCUUACUGGAUUUGAGAAUUGUUGAUGAAGAAAAACUGGGUUACAGGUCGAUUAAGUUAGUACUUAAUCAUUCUAAUGCCUUUUCGCUCCUUCCGCGUUCUGGGUGGCGGGAUGCUGCGGUCGUCUUAAUGUUAAUUCACCAGUUUAUUACAUUCGGGUUUGCGUGUAUGCCACUGUACUUUGUGUGGGAGAAAGUGGUGGGCAUGCAUGACACGAAGAGCAUAUGUUUGAGGGCGGCAUGCCGGUUACCGGUGGUGAUACCGAUAUGGUUCUUGGCAAUCAUAUUUCCUUUCUUCGGUCCCAUCAAUUCGGCUGUAGGAUCGCUUCUAGUCAGCUUCACUGUAUACAUCAUCCCUGCCUUGGCUCAUAUGCUCACUUAUAAAUCAGCCUCCGCUCGACAGAAUGCGGCCGAGAAGCCUCCUUUCUUCCUCCCUAGCUGGACGGCGGUUUAUGCAGUGAACACAUUUAUUGUGAUUUGGGUGUUCGUAGUUGGCUUCGGAUUGGGAGGUUGGGCUAGCAUGACGAAUUUCAUCGAGCAAGUCGAUACAUUCGGACUCUUUGCCAAGUGCUACCAAUGCCCUCCCUCGCACUCAUUGAAACAUCACUGAACUAGAACUCGGAUUUUAGACCAAACCAUUUCUUUUUGUUACAUAUAGCAAUCUUUUUAAGCAUGUAUCAUACUUUGGUCU